AUGUCUCCCCUAGCCUUCGAGCAUUUGACUGUUUCCUCCUCGGAUUCUGUGGUAUAUACGAUUACGAUGCGGAAACCGCCCGAAAACCGCAUCACCGUUACAUUUGCGCAGGCAUUGAUCUCAGCUUUGCGCUUCAUUGAGAGGGAAAUAGGACCUGGCAAGCCAGGAUGCGUGAUUCUCCAGGGCUCCGACACGAAGUUCUGGUGUACAGGCGUUGACAUGGAGGAGAGUAGGCAGAACCCAUUUGCCAGCACCGACGGAUUCUAUCCAUUGGUAGCCACUCUCCUCGACUACCCACUCCCUACCAUCGCCUUGCUGACGGGACACACGUUUGGCGGUGCCGGUCCAUUGUCACUAUCAUGCGAUUACAGAGUUAUGAACUCCGAACGCGGCUUCUGGUGCAUGCCACCAGUCAAUCUCGGUCUGCAUUUUGACGGAAUCGGGGCGCUUGCCAGGUUGAAAUUGCGGCCUCAGGUGGCGCGGAGGGUGUUACUCGAGGCAUAUCGAUUCACUGGUGUGGAGGCAUUGGAGGCCGGAAUUGUGGAUGAGAUCGCUCCGCCGGAUGAGAUGCAUGCGGCAGCGAUACGACUUGCUCAGAUACAUGCUCCUCGUGCUGCUAUGGGCGUGUAUAGCCUCCUUAGGAAUGAGCUAUGGGGUGACGCACUAGAAAGGUUUAGGAGAGUUAGUUACGUUCAUGGAAAGAGGCCCCAUGCACCACCGAAGGCCAAAAUAUGA